AUGAUAUAUACGCGCAUGGAUUUGCAGCACAUCUGGCAACUUACCGAAGAACAGGGUCUAGGCAACGUUCUCGAGGGCCAUUUCCCUUCCGAGUGGCCUCCAAAGGAAGUCCGCGACAGCAACAUCUGGGUCCCUAACCUUCCUCAGAGACAGCUCAGGCAGAACCCAAAUGCCGUUGUCCCAGCGGGAGGUGGCGCGAACCAAGCAGCGCCUGUCUUUGAUCACUGGCGCCAGAACAUGCGAGUCAUCACCGACACCUUUCCCGCGCUUGAAGAGAUGUAUUUUGUGGACUUUGACCUUCUGGCUGACCACACUGACUUUCGGGCUCUUGACAGAUACCGCAAUACGUACUGCCGGGACGAGGAUUACUGUGAAGAGUGCCAGUAUGCUCACCCUGGCUUCCCGCGCGUCUGGGGCGGACUGGAGGAGAUCGAGUUCAUUGAGGUCAGAGUAUGUGCUUGCGCCGAGGGCGCCGAGCCACUAUACCCGGACUUGAGCCAUUGGGACGGUGUUAGGUGGAUGAUCCGACAGGGAUGGCCGGCAAGAGAUGUUAAUGGAAAUGCUUGGAUACGACAUGUUCCGGCGUUGAAGUUAGUUGCACCGAUUUUUCGCUGGCGGCCUAGCUCUUGA